AAAAUGGAUUAUGAUGUUGACUAUUACCCUUCUCAAAUCGUAGAGACAAUUGGCGAUGUAACAUUUAGCAGUUAAUUUGAUGCUGGAAAUUUGAAAUCUGUUAGGAAGGAAUCCUACAAUAAAGUAAAUGGUGUUGAUUUAGAAUUUAGUAUAUUUUAACGAUUUGCAAUGACACAGGAAUAAAUGGGAAGAGUGCAACAUACCGGACUUGGUUUUAUUUUUCAGUGGAGGGAAUGGAUAAUGCAAGUUUAGUUACAUUUGUUAUAUCGAAUAUGCAAAAUUAAGUAGUAAUGAAAAACAAUUUGAGAUUGGUUUGUUCAAGGAUGGAAUGCAGCCUGUAUUUAAGACGAACAAUGAGUGGCAAAGAGUGAGGUAUCCUUGUCAGUACCGUUUGUUACCAGAUGGGUUGUUUGAAGUUACAUUCCAGCAUCUAUUCUAAAGCAAUCAGAAGGUGUACUUCGCUUUCACAUAUCCAUGGUCAAACCAAGACAACGAAGUAUCAAUUGGCAAUAUGUAGCAAUUCAUAAACUAAAUGAUUCAAUAAGGAAGGCAGCAGAUCAAAGAUCUCUAUAUAAAAUUGAAUGUGUUGGGAUACUCAAAGGAGAGAAGGCCAAUUCACUUGUUAACCAUUACGAGCAAUAACAAUUCGACCAACAAAGUGGAGGAUCCAAUCAACAACGUGUUUCCUGAAGCAUCCGAAAGUCGUCCCAUAGUGUAAUCGAUGAAUUGAUGAAAUUAGAUUCAAGAAGAAAUACAUCUUCAUCUCGGCCAGAGUCCAUCCAGGAGAACUCCCAGGAUCACAUGUGUUGAAUGGUAUAAUCAAGUUCUUGUUGAAUCCUAAUGACAAGGCAGCGGAAGUGGCUAGAAAUGAAUUCGUUUGGGUCAUUGUUCCAAUAAUAAAUCCAGAUGGAGUCUACAGAGGUCAUUACAGAACGGAUUCGCUGUGCCAAAAUCUUAAUCGUUAUUAUCUGAAUCCAAGUCUGAAUGACCAUCCAACCAUUUAUGCAAUCAAGGAAUACAUAUUAAGACUGCAUAACACAGAUAGAUUCUAUGCCUACAUCGAUCUCCAUGCUCAUGCAGGUCAUAAGGGAAUCUUUAUAUUUGGAAAUCAAUUGCCAAAUCUGCACAUGCACACACAGAAUUGUCUCAUCCCUAAAUUAUUGACCCUCUACUCGGAAAUCUUCGAUUAUGAUGGAUGCAAUUUCACUGAAAAAAACAUGUAUUCAGCUGACAAAGGAGAUGGAUUAAGCAAAGAGGGGAGUGGAAGAGUGGCUCUAUACAAAGAGACCAACAUCAUCUACUCUUACACUGUGGAAUGUAAUUACAAUUCUGGCAAGAUUACGAAUCUGUUACCCAAGUCUAGUUAUCUCUCCGAUUAGGAAGGUUUAAUUGUUUAUAUCAUAUAUAGACAUUUAUUAUACCUAUGGGAAUGAAUAAAUUGAUGAUUAGAUUGUCUUGGGAAUACCAUAGCAAACCACUACCAAUAAGACCUACUUCUAUACCAUUAAUGAUUAUGAACAAGUUGGCCAAGGCAUUAUAAUGGCUCUUCUUGAUGUCAACUUACUUAAUCCCUGCAGCAAAAUACCUGACUCAUAAUUUAAGACACUGGCCAAUCUUAAAUCGUUUCUUGCUUACAACAUCAUGAAAGUCAUGCAUUUCAGAUUUGAACCAUACCUAAGGAGAGUUCUUAAGUAUUUCAUCUUGUCUAACUUAUAGGAAUAUCAACAACAAAGAAAAUAUACCUAGGACUUUGAAGUCCUUCUAUGAUUACAUUAAAAGUAAUCAAAUUAGAGACAACUUAGAAUAAAAUGAAUAACAAUAAACCAAAUAGCAAUUUUCCAGGAAACCUCCAUAAUAAGAAUUAAAACUAUAAAAACAGACACUUCAAUUGUAAUCUUAAAAGUUAGAAAAACUACCUGAAAUAUAGAAAAAGUCUAUUCAAUAAAGGCAAGUCUCUCAGGAGAAUUCUAAGAAUAGGAAUACAUCUGAAGGGAAAGCAUAACCACUAUAAUAAUAGUUUUAAAAAUAGUAUAAAUCCUUCAGAAUCACCAAGAAUUGUGCAAAAGCUACCCAAUAAUGA